AUGGCAUUUCAACUGAACUUGCUUCAGACAUCAACCUUAAACCAUGCUAAACAACCUCAGCCAUUUUCUUCCAUUACUGUCCCUACUCGUUUAUCGUCUUCAAGAGUGAAUGCAAUUUCUGGGAGAUCAACCCAAGAGUUGUUACAAUCCGGUACAGUCCGCCCCAUAUUACCAAAAGAUGCAGCCUCAGCCAUGGAGUCUGAGGGCUACAUAUUGCUUGACAUUAGACCCCAGUGGGAGAGUGAGAAGGCACGUGUUUCAGGGUCUCUCCACGUGCCACUUUUCGUAGAGGAUAAGGAUAAUAGUCCUUUAACAUUGUUGAAGAAAUGGGUGCAUUUUGGGUACAUUGGAGCAUGGACUGGGCAGUACUUUACUAUGAUAAAUGAUGAUUUUGUUAAAGAAGUGGAGAAAGAGGUUCCUGAUAAGGAGUCUAAGCUACUUGUAGCAUGUGGUGAAGGACUCAGAUCUAUGAUGGCUUUCACUAAAUUACACCAAGGAGGAUACAAGAACCUGGGAUGGUUGGCUGGUGGCUUUAAUCGGGCUUCUGAUAGUGAUUUUCCGGACAUUGAAGGGACUGAAAAGUUGCAAUAUGCUACAAUAGGAGGUGCGUCAUACUACUUCCUUCAGUUGCUUAUUUUGUUACAAGUUGUUGGGAAGAAUAAUUGA